AUGCCUCCCCGCCGCAAGAAGAAGAAGAAGAAGCAGCAGCGGCGGGUGGCGGCAACGGCUGGCAGCGGCGGGCAGGCGGCCGGAGCCCUGGCAUCGGGCCGCCCGCCGCCCCACGCCGCGGCUCUGCCCAGGAUGUUCAGCGGCGUGGGUUGCUUCUGGCUCCUCUUGUCCUCCUGCCUGGUGGCCGUUUGCAGCUUCGGCUUCCUCUCGCCCGCGUGGAUCGUCCGGCAGCGAGGCGGCGGCGGCGGUGGGCGGCGGUGGGAAAGAGGAGGAGGAGGAGGGAGCCCCGCGCCCGGCUCCGUGGAAAGCUUCGGCGGCGUGGGCGAAGUCACCUUCGGCUUGCUCUGGCACUGCUCGGAAGCCCCGCGGCACCUGGAGCCCUGCGAUGCCCUGGGGGGCUUCGGCCAGAUCCCUUCCGCCUCCUGGCAGACCAGUGCCGUGUUGUGCGUGGGCGGUUGUGCCCUUUUGGCUUUCAGCGCCCUGCUGGCGGUCAUCGUCCUGUUCCUUCCCAGCGGACACUGUGAGAGACGGCUCUGCACCCUGGCUGGGUACAUUCAGACAGCGGCCGUGUUCAUCAUGGGAUUCGGCCUGCUGGUGUAUCCGUUCGGAUUCGGCUCUUUGGCCGUCAGGACACAUUGCGAGGAUUCGAGCAUUUAUUACGCAGGGAGUUGCCAGCUGGGCUGGGGUUACAUGCUGGCGAUCGUCGGGGUGAUGCUGUCUGUCUUUUUGCCCUUUUUUGCAAAAUAUGCACCGAAAGACCAUCCUUAUCCCACUCCGAUUCCUACCAUUUUGUAAUAUUUUGCAAUCCGAUGUUCCGGUUGGAAAUUUCCGGGUGCUUCCUUGGAGCUUCGAGGCAAAAAAAACAACAAGAAAAAGGAGUCAUAGUAACAGAGUCGGAAGGGACCUUGGAGGUCAUCUAGUCCAACCCCCCCGCUCAUGCAGGAGAUCUAUACUAGGGAUUCGAACUGCGACCUUUCUGAUCGACAAGCUCAGCGUCUUAGCCACUGAGCCACCUAGCCAGGCUCACAAGAAUUUUUAAGUCGCUCCAAGUAAACCCAAAAUACAUCGGCGAUCAGCUCUUUGAUUCUGCAAUAAAGAUCGCCAAGUUUUGGAUUCGGUGGCCUCAAAACUUUUUUUUCGCGUUGAAUGCCGAAUGCUUCCGAAAGAACAAAAUCUGGUUUUAUCUUCAAAUAUCUACCUCCCUGUUUCUUUGGCAAUUCAUCUUUUUUUCCGUUGUUGUUUUUUUUUUUAAAAGGCUUCCGCUCUGUGUUUUUUUUUUAUAUAUCUUACGGUUGAAUAUCUGAACAUUUUGGGGGGUUUUGUUUUUGUUUUUUAAUUGAACCAGCUUGUUUUAAAACCGAGAGCCACAUUUUUUUUUUUUAAUUUUUGCAAAUUACUGUUGCCCGGAGAAAGAACAGCAUCCUUGCUCGCUCAACUUAUUUGCAAGGAUUAAGCCAAGGAACUAUAAUUUUUUGGGAAUUGCUAUGAUGGCCUCGUCCAGACAACAGGAUAAGACAAAGUCUGGAUCCCUGCAGACUGUAAAACUACACCUGACACUGCACAGUUUUCCCGUUGUCGGUUGUGUGAAUCCAAUAUCCAAUGUGGGAUACGUAUGGAUUUAACGGCCUACUCAGUGGCAAAUAAAGGAUUAUCUAUCUCUC